UCCUGUACAUGUUGGAACCAGAUAACUGCCGGCAGCCUUCUCGUUGUUGUUGGCAUCGGAACCACCAAAAUAGGCUCCUGCUUUGUCCUUGGGAAAGAGUGGUUCUAAUAGAGUUAUUUCGACGAUCAAUCCAUGUGCGCGCACGGGAUUUGCGCCUUCGCACGACAAAUCUGUGAUAGCUGAAUGCAAGACCCCAAGGAGACCUUGUCCCCCUGAAGGAGGAUUCACCUGGGACAACGAUGACCCGAGUGCCCUCAGUGUCAUGGGCGCCAAAGAUGGAUACCGCAAAAUACUGCGAAUGCAAUGACCGUUAGGUUGGGGCUCAGCAGCGCCAUUGGUCUGUGGACAGAGAAGGGCGGGGCGGAGUGCUAUAAUUCGCACUGUCUACGCCGCAACGUCUCUAAAAAGGCCCCUCGCCCCGCUCAUGCUACGAAGGCCGCGUAGAGCGCUAAGUCUAUGGCCUUUUGGAAAUUGAUUCUUCAGCCGCACGCACUCCAUUCCCGACCCUGCCAAUCAUCUCGCUUGUCUCCGCCCCGUCCAUCCUAGAACGGAAAUAGAAUCUCGUUACAGCAUUCUUGUAUGAAUCCAUCACAUUAGUGAAGACAAUAUUUGGAAUGGACAGGGUCAUCGCCCCGUCUACGAGCAAUGGCUCAUUCCAGCGUAGUUUUGCUGAUCCGGUCGCGAUCAUCACCGGCCCUCAUCAUCAAAGGCUGUACAGGCGGCCGGUGAACGGGGUCGGAGAGGGGUGGCGGUGAAACACGAAUGUCUAGACGGUUCCAAGUUGCUGAUUUCAACCGCAAGGAUUCACCCGAAUAUCUUCGGAACCACUUCAUGUUCAAACCCCCUCUCCUCGCCGAUGAAUGCUUGCACGGAAGCAGAAAUGAUUGGCUGGCGCUUCGUAUGAGGAUCGCUGCAUAUUUGAGAUAAUUUCCAUGCGAAGUAGAAAGCAAUGGUGUUCUAGUGACAGCUGCGAGACUCGUUGAUCGGUGAUUCCGGCGAGCUAUACUUGACGGAGACGGAUAUACUCCAUUGCGGUCCCCUUUCAUGGGCUGAAAAGAAUCAACGGC